CAAACGUUAAACGACAGCCCCAAAAUCCAAUGACUCUGAACUUUGACGUCCUUCCUUCCAGAUAGCUGACGUGACUUACGUGGGCCAUACAAUGCAGACUUAAAAGAUAUUUUCCUUGAUCUUAGGUUAGAUAUUUAUCACCGUUAGAUUAGAGUCUGUUUCCAACUUAAUUCAUUUUGUUGCCGUCCGAUUAAGGGGACUUUCGUUUACGAUAUAUUUUUUUUAUAAAAAUAUCAGGUAGUAGAUCGAUGUAGAUUUUAGCAGAAGAGAGAUAGCCUUUCGAUUUCUCUGCUUUGCUUUGCUUUCCUUUCGUCGCUGAGUUCAGAGUAAAAAAAAUAAAAAUUAAUACACUAAUACUUGGUGGUAAUAGGUUUUAGUUGGUGAAGAAAAAAAGCAUGGGUAAGGUUGUGGUGAGUAGCGAGGAAGUGGAGGAGGUGAAAACUGAGAGUGAAAGUGAGAACGAAAAUGGGGAGUUCCAUGGGAAUAAGGGGAGGAAGAAGAAUAAGCCAGGGAGUUCUGCCUCUGGGGAAGUGGUGAAAUGGGAAAGGUUUUUGCCCAGGAUGUCUUUGAGGGUUUUGUUGGUCGAAGCUGAUGAUUCAACCAGGCAGAUUAUAGCUGCUCUUCUCAGGAAAUGCAGUUACAGAGUUUCUGCUGUUCCUGAUGGCUUGGAGGCAUGGGAGAUGCUGAAAGGAAAACCCCAAAACAUAGAUCUCAUUUUGACAGAAGUAGAUUUGCCAUCCAUAUCAGGAUUCGCUCUUCUUACACUAAUCAUGGAGCAUGAGAUUUGUAAAAGCAUUCCUGUUAUAAUGAUGUCCUCACAAGAUUCAAUUAGCACAGUAUACAAAUGCAUGUUGAGAGGGGCUGUCGACUACCUGGUUAAGCCAAUAAGGAGAAAUGAGCUGAGAAAUUUAUGGCAGCAUGUAUGGAGAAGACAAUCAUCAACGGUUAGUGGAAACUCCCCCCAGGAUGAGAGUGUUGCACAGAAAAAGGUUGAAGCUACCUCUGAAAAUAAUGCUGCAAGUAAUAAUCCCAGUGGUUUCUUGGUUGGUGUCCAAAGAAAUAAGGAACGAACUGAGAAAGGGAGUGAUGCUCAGAGCUCUUGUACAAAGCCAGACAUGGAAGCUGAGAGUGCCCACAUGGAAAAUAUGCAGGAAUUUUCACACUUGAUAAAGGGAAAAUCUCUACCAAGUGAAUUGCAGAAGCACAAAACUCAUGCCAAUUUCAAUAAGAAACUACUCAUGCAUGAGAUGGCAACUGGGGUCUUCGAUGCAUCCAAGGAUGCCUACACAACAGCUGCGUGCAUGGGUGUUGAACAGGAAAGCCAGAUGAGGGAUACUAAUAUCCCAGUUGAGGCUGGUGAUGUUCUUGUUGAUUCACUAAGGGAGGCUAUUGACUUCAUGGGAACAUUUAAUAGAAAUUGCAAUCCUUCAAAAAAUAGCACAAGCAAGUUUGAUUUUUCUCCUCACUUGGAUCUUUCCUUGAGAAGAUGUAAUCCUAAUGUUUUUGAGAAUCAUGUUACUCAAGAAAGGCCUACUCUCUGGCAUCCUAAUUCAUCAGCCUUUACAAGGUACACUAGCAGACCAUCACAGCCCCUGCAUUCAACAUUGACAUGUGUCAGUGAUCAAAAGAAAGAGUCCAUGACUAAUUCUGAGAAGAUGCUGUCCAAUAUUAUUUCUGAAUAUAACUCGGAUACUCCCAGUCCCACACUAACUUCUCAAAGAAACAUGAUCCCUUUGACGACUGGAGCUACUGGUCAAUUGAAGCAAACUGAAGUAGCAGUAUCAUGCAUGCAACAGAGAGUAUUUCCUGUCCCAGUACCAGUGAAGGGUAUAAGAUUGAAUAACCUGAGUGAUGGCCAUAAUUCUGUAAUUCCUCCAAUCUUUUGUGUGCAGUCAAGUUCAUUCCCAAUGCCAAGUCCAAGCUCAGCCAACCAACAGGAACCUGCCUUUAGUGUGAAUCCUUUUCGUCAUUCCAGUUUUGAAACUAACUCCUCCAGACAGUUGUAUGACCAACUUGCCUCCAAUACAAACCAGGCCAACCAACCUUUGCACAAGCUGGAACAAAAGUUGGAUUCUGUUGAGAAUAGACAUAUUUCUCCUACCACUGAUCAGAGUGCAAGCAGUAGUUUCUGUAAUGGCCCCUUAAGUCAGCUUAAUGGUAUUGUAUAUGGAAGCACUGGUGCAAGCAAUGGCAAUGUUGAUCAGGUUGCUAUUGUCCGAGCUCCUACAGAGAGCAAGAAUGAUGACAGUUUUCCCAGUCCUGGUGGAAAUUCACACCGUUCUAUCCAAAGAGAAGCAGCUCUAACCAAGUUUCGCUUGAAGAGGAAGGAUAGAUGCUAUGGAAAAAAGGUCCGGUAUGAGAGCAGAAAGAAACUUGCAGAGAAGCGCCCAAGAGUAAAAGGUCAGUUUGUUCGUCAGGUGCAGGCUGAUCCUAUGCAUACAGAAGCCGAGUGUCAUUAUGGCAAUUCAUCUGAUGGCUAGUUACAACUUUGUAAACUAAGGAGAGCAAAGGUUCAAAUUUGCUUGGAUCUUUAGAAAUGAUAUCACUGCUAUUGCAGCCUUUUGUUUUGUGAAGCGCGAAGAAACAAAUAGAGGGCAGAAUUCUAAAAAUGCUUUUGCACAUAUCCGUAUCACAUUAUGAUUGUUGACACAGGUUGCCAUGUGCUUAUUGUAAAAUAAGAUUUGGAUCUUUGAGUUAAGAGUUUUCAUCCCUGUUUUUCACCGGGGUUGCCUGAGUCAUUUUUUAUUGGUUACCUCGUAGAUUUGUUCAUUCAACAAUGCUAAGUUGCAAUUACCAUACAAACGUAGUGUAAGUACAAAUCUAGUGUAAUCUCAUUUUCUUAUCAUCAGCUGGAAUACAAUAGACAAGUUCACCUCAAUCUUGAUUUUCGAAAAUCA